GGAGAGCCCAUUCCGGUCCAGCCCCCGCCCUGUCCAGACGGGAGCCGCGGGUCCUGGGCCGCAGACUUCGGCGAGUCCCAGGCGCCAAGUGUCUCGGUCUGGAAGAGGGGUCGCCCGAAGUGUAAGAUGCGAGCGGCCAAGCCCAUCCUCUAUUCCUAUUUCCGAAGCUCCUGCUCAUGGAGAGUUCGAAUCGCUCUGGUCUUGAAAGGCAUCGACUAUGAGACGGUGCCCAUCAACCUCAUAAAGGACGGGGGGCAGCAGUUCUCGGAGGAAUUCCGGGCACUGAAUCCCAUGAUGCAAGUGCCGGCCCUGAAGAUUGAUGGACUCACCCUAGGCCAGUCUCUGGCCAUCAUCGAGUACCUGGAGGAGACCCGGCCCACCCCGCGACUCCUGCCUCAGGACCCAAAGAAGAGGGCCAGCGUGCGCAUGAUCUCGGACCUCAUCGCGGGCGGCAUCCAGCCCCUGCAGAACCUGUCUGUCCUGAAGCAAGUGGGAGAGCAGAACCAGCUGCCCUGGGCCCAGAAGGUCAUCAGUUCUGGCUUUAAGGCCCUGGAGCAGAUCCUGCAGAGCACUGCGGGGAAGUACUGUGUGGGAGACGAGGUGUCCAUGGCUGAUCUGUGCUUAGUGCCUCAGGUGGCUAAUGCGGAAAGGUACAAGGUGGAUCUUAGCCCGUACCCUACCAUCAACCGCAUCAACAAGACGCUGCUGGCCUUGGAGGCCUUCCAAGUGACUCACCCCUGCCGGCAACCCGAUACACCUGCUGAGCUGAGGGCCUAGACCCCGAGCACUACCCUGCCGGGUCAGGGGCCGGGAGAAGGGCACAGGAGCAGAGGCUGGGUGGCCUGGAAAGGCCUAGAAAGGCCUGGAAAGGAGCGAGUCCUAACCGAGGAGGCAGGAGACCAGAACUCUAGCUCUUGACUUUGACCUGUGGCCCUGGAUCUGCCUCCUGCUGCCUCAGCCCUGUCAGCUGUCAGAUGCAGGGAGAGCGGGUGGUCCUGGGCGGGGGCCGGGGGGGUGGUCAUUACCUGCUGUGUCAUGGGGCAGUGAUGAAGACCCGAGGAUGAGGAUUAAAAUGCCUGGCGAAUCUGCCACGGCACCAUGAGGAAGUC